AGCGUUGUGGUGAGGUGUGGAAGAAAUGGAAGAUGGCAAGAUAGUGAUUAUCAGAUGUUUUGUGAAAACAUGACGCAUUUUUGGCAUAGGUAGCGGAAGUGUGUAGGGUUUCUCGGAAGCCUUUAACUUUCCGAUACUGGGUCAAUCAGUUGUGAAGAGAGAUUGCUCGUUUUUCCCGUAGCAUUGCUCUUUUGAGUGUUUUGUAUUCAUAGAAUAUUUCAAGAUGGCGCACAACCUGGCACCUAGUGUAAACUGCUCAUUAGAUGACAUUGAUUUGAAUGCUUUAAAGGAUCCUGCUGGUAUCUUUGAGCUAAUUGAAGUUGUUGGCCAUGGGACUUACGGACAGGUGUACAAGGGGCGCCAUACAAAGACUGGUCAGCUGGCAGCCAUCAAAGUUAUGGAUGUCACUGAAGAUGAAGAAGAAGAGAUAAAGCUGGAGAUUAACGUGCUGAAAAAGUACUCAAAUCACCGUAACAUUGCAACAUAUUAUGGGGCCUUUAUAAAGAAGAUUCCUCCUGGAAAAGAUGACCAGCUGUGGUUAGUGAUGGAGUACUGUGGUGCUGGAUCAGUCACGGAUCUUGUGAAAUCAACAAAGGGGCAAAGUUUGAAAGAGGAAUGGAUUGCAUACAUUUGUCGUGAAAUUUUACGAGGCCUUAGCUACCUUCAUUCAAACAAAGUAAUUCACAGGGAUAUAAAAGGCCAAAAUGUGCUCCUCACAGACAAUGCUGAAGUGAAAUUAGUUGAUUUUGGUGUCAGUGCUCAACUGGAUCGGACAAUUGGGCGCCGUAAUACUUUCAUUGGCACGCCGUACUGGAUGGCACCUGAAGUAAUUGCUUGUGAUGAGAAUGCAGAUGCCACUUAUGACAAUCGGAGUGAUCUGUGGUCCUUAGGCAUAACAGCACUGGAAAUGGCAGAGUCACAGCCUCCCCUCUGUGAUAUGCAUCCAAUGCGUGCACUUUUCCUCAUUCCACGAAACCCAGCACCUCGACUAAAGUCAAAAAAAUGGGCAAAAAAAUUCCAUGGUUUCAUUGAAACUGUUUUGGUGAAGGAUUACCACCAGAGACCGUACACGGAACAGUUGCUAAAACAUCCUUUUAUCCGUGAUCAGCCCACUGAAAGGCAAGUGAGGAUACAGUUGAAAGACCAUAUUGAUCGGUGCAAGAAAAGAAAACAGGAGAAAGAACGUGAGGACUACCAUUAUAGCGGUUCUGAAAAUGAAGAAGAAGAACCAGCAACAGCAGGUGAACCAUCCUCCAUUGUUCAGGCUCCAGGAGGCGAUACACUUCGUAGGAACUUUGCACAAAUUCAGGAGGGUAGGACAUUAACUCAGAAUGAAUCCAAGGAAUCAAAGCACAGUAGAAAAAAUGAGAGGGAGGAAAUUCCAGAACCUGGUCCUCCUGCAAGACCACCAAUUCCCCAGAGAUUAAUUGUCGUUCCUGAUCCUCAUCCUCCUUCGCGGCCCUUACCACCACCACCUAGGGAGGAUCGGCAACAGAAACCAGCUACACCACCAACAGGGGGUAAUAGUCAUCAGCAGUCAGCGACACAGUCACAACAGCAGCAGCAGCAGCAACAGCCGCAACAACCACAGCCACAGCAGCGCAAUUCUCACAUCUUCAAGCCAAUGCUCCCACCACGAAGACCAGAGGAUUUGGACAUGAUUGUGGAUCAGCUGAAUGAGUUAGUUAUGGGCCAGCAGGAAGUACCAGCAAGAUCUCGUCAAAAUGGGAAAGGACCUUUACCAUCAUCUCUUCCACAAUCUUCUUCUUCAAUUUUGGAUGCUGCUGACUCAGAUUCUGAUGACGAUGAUGAUGGCAAAGUCCGCAAUGAUGGGACACUUCUGGCAAGCGAUCCUCCAAAACCACUGCCUGAACUCUCCCCCUACAGGCCAUUGGAUCCAGGGCACCAGCCUCAGACAAUGGUCAUACAUGAAGGUGCUUCUUCCAGUGGUGCUCCAAACAGACCUCUGCCACCCACGCCAGAUGAAGAAGAAGGCUCUGAUAGGACUCUUGUCAUGAAAAGGAGAGAAGCAGCAGCCAAAGCACAACAGCACAAACAAAGCCGACGAUCAGAAAUUGAUGAGCAAAAACUGCUGAAAGAAUGGGACUUGGAUUUUGGUAGAUAUUUCCAUGGUUUUAGUGAACGCUUAGACAAAUUAAAGGGGGAAGAUAAGACAGAAAACAAUAACAAAACCAAAGAUAAAGACAGUUGUGAUGUUAGCAGCCAGAAUGAUGUCAGUGGAAAAUUUUCUGUGAAUGAGCAAAAAAAUGCUCCUCAGCAUCGCAGAAACGAAUCAGAUUCCCGCAUUUCAGUGCCAUUUGGAUUUCGACGUGAAAAUUCUGAUUUUUUCCCGGCUUCUAGUCGCCAUUCUGCCAUUUUAAUGGAAUCAAAAAAUCACGGCUCUGGAAUUUCAUUUUCUGGUAAUGGACGGAGGGGCUCUGACAUUCCAGGAUCAUCAGUUGCUGGCUUGAACCUCCUUGGUGGGCUUGGGAAGAAGGGGAACAGUUCAAAUAAUAGAAAUGGUGAACCUGUUCUGACAGAUUUUAAUCAUAGCAAAGCAAGUCCAGAAUUUCCUGUGAGACCACGGAGAGAGAAGACUGAGGGGGACAUUGUGCUGCUGAGAAACAGACAGGAUCUGCGGCACGGGCUAGAGCCUCGCUGCUUAGAUGGGGAGCAGAGAUUCUCUCGUGAUGCAGAUGGCAUGCGGAGACGGAGCAGUCAAGCUGUAGAUAGCAGCACAAGCAGCAUUGCCACGCUCGAGAUCGGAGAGUACAGCCUCCGACAGAAUCGCGAGGAUCGUCGUACUGAUUUCCAUCGCAUGGAUUCAUCGCCAGGACAGCUGGGGACCCCAGGGUCACGUACAAGUUCAGUUUUACCUGAUCUUCUCUCACAGUAUCGUCAGGCUGUUUCUAAAUCUCCUCCACACCUCCUUCAACAGAAACAACGUUCCUUCUUAACUUUUGGAUUUGGUGCUGGUGGGUCUGGUCCUGCGAGAAGAGAAUCUCAUGUGAAUGUGAAUGUAACCCCGACAUCACAUGAUGUUGGUUCUGAUACACCAGAGAUCCGCAAAUACAAGAAGAGAUUCAAUUCAGAAAUUUUAUGUGCUGCACUGUGGGGAGUAAAUCUCCUUAUUGGCACAGAAAAUGGACUGAUGCUGCUUGAUCGUAGUGGACAAGGGAAAGUAUACCAGCUUAUUUCCCGCCGAAGGUUCCAACAAAUGGAAGUGCUCGAGGGACAGAAUAUUCUAGUGACAAUAUCAGGAAAGAAGAACCGUGUACGUGUUUACUAUCUGUCGUGGUUGAAGUCAAAAAUAUUGCGUACAGAUGGUGUUAGCGAUCAAGUUGAACGAAGAAAUGGUUGGAUCAAUGUCGGUGACUUGCAAGGAGCUGUGCACUUCAAAAUCGUUAAAUAUGAGCGGAUUAAAUUUUUAGUUAUUGCUCUGAAGGACAGUAUAGAGAUUUAUGCCUGGGCACCAAAGCCGUAUCAUAAAUUUAUGGCCUUUAAGUCAUUUGCAGAUCUGGCACAUCGUCCACUGUUGGUGGAUCUCACUGUAGAAGAAGGUUCACGACUGAAGGUCAUUUAUGGAUCAGCUGAUGGCUUCCAUGCAGUGGACCUUGAUUCUGCUUCUGUCUAUGACAUUUACUUGCCUAAGCAUACACAAGGACCCAUCUCUCCUCAUUGCAUAGUGCCUUUGCCUAACUCUAAUGGUAUGCAGUUAUUGUUGUGCUAUGACAACGAAGGAGUGUAUGUUAACACAUAUGGAAAGGUGUCCAAGAACAUUGUGUUGCAGUGGGGAGAGAUGCCUACAUCUGUUGCAUAUAUAGGAACUGGCCAAAUAAUGGGCUGGGGAAAUAAAGCAAUAGAAAUUAGAAGUGUUGAAACUGGUCACCUGGAUGGUGUCUUUAUGCAUAAAAAGGCUCAGAGGUUGAAGUUCCUCUGUGAAAGGAAUGACAAGGUGUUCUUCUCGUCAGCAAAAGGAGGGUCAUCUUGCCAGAUCUAUUUCAUGACACUGAACAAGCCUGGUAUGGCUAAUUGGUGAUAGUUUUUAUUAGUGGCAACUGUUAUAAAAUACUCAAAACACCAAAUCUUAUCCUGCAUAAGGGAUGCAUGAUCAAAAUUGGAUGCUGCUUCCUGAGGUAAAGAAACAGUGCUCAGGAAAAUGACCAUUCAUGCAUUACUUGCCUAAUGACAUGAUUAUUUAUUUUCAAAAUAUCCAAAAGACUGUUGAACGGCUGUAGAAUAGUGUAGGUACAAAGUAGAAUUAUAAAAAAAGAAAAAGGUGUUGGUCAAUGAAUGAUGAAAUAAGUUUCACUGAUACUCACUUAGUGCUUAUUCCAUUUCUUAAUGAACAAACGUGCAUAAUAAGUACUUAAAGGACCAUUAUUUCCUUCCUAUUUUGUUCUGUGAAUGUACAUUCUAAAAAAAGAAAAAAAAGUUGUGCACCUUUCUCCAAUGGCAGGAGAUGUACUUGCCUCUCGAUACAGAUUUUGAAAAACUUUACCAUGAAAAAUGAAGUUGACUAGAGUACAAAUUGUUGAAUAGCAAAUAUGACUUAUUUGUGCCUUUUCCUGACCUUGCUUGAAAAAGCUCUCUUUUCGAAAUUUUAAUAUUAUCUUUCUACACCUAAUUCCAUUGCUGCAUAAAUUCUUCAGCAAUAAUAGUUGAGUUGUAAAUUAAGCAGCUGUUCAUUGUGUUGUUGAGUAACAAGUGAAUUAGUGUAGUUAACUUAGUACAUCCAAGUUUGUCAGGCAUCCCUUGAAGGUUGUAUUCUGUGCCAGCACUUGUUGUCAGGUGAAGGCUGAUCAUUCAGCUUUGAGAAACUUGUUAUGUAGUCAGUGGGUUGUUCAUGUUUUGAUAGUAUGAGAAACCCCACAAUAUUUUUAAAUUAGAAUCUAUGUCUGUGAUUUUUUUCCUCCAUUCAUUUUGAUCAUGUUAGUACUGGAGGGAAUAUUAAAGGUAUAUAUUGCCUACCAUUAAACAUUUUUACGCUCAAACUGCAGUCAUUUAUAUAAAAUAAUAAUUAAAAAAAAAGGCUCAUAUUCACCACAGUUUGUAAUGAAUGCGUACUAAAUUAUAGCAAUCACAGUGGGGGUUUUUUAUAUGCAAAUUUAUUGAUGAUAGUAGUACAGUUAGAUAACAGCAUUUAUGUUUUAUAGUUUGAAGCAGUUUGUCACCAUUGUUUACAUUUUAUGAAUGAGAUAUUGUAACAUUGAUGAUCGGUUUUGAGGACCACAAGAUUGUAAUUUUAGUUGUUUUUAUGUUAAUAUCAAAUCAGUAUAGUAAUACUGUAAGUUUGGUGCUUCCAGUGAUUGUGGCUCUCAUUGUGGUUGCUAUUGCCUUAUUAAUAUAAUAACUUUAAAGAUCUGUAAAGGACUUUUUUUUAAAAAACUAUAAUCUUACUGUUGUAAACAAAACAGAAAUUUGUGACAUAAAGAUUUUUUUACUGGUGCAAAUUAAAAGACUGUUCUGGUAUAAGCUAAAAUACAAUAUGGGCAUGUAUUGUAACAUUGCCCCUGCUCCACAUUGCUCUGGGGAUUAAUGCUUCACAUUAUUAAUGAAACCAAAAGCUUCUGGAAAUCUAAUUAAACUUUAGUCUGUUUAUGUUGUUCUGUGCAGCCCUUUAAAUUUGCAGUUUCAGGUUUUGUACUGUUUAUAAAAGUAAUUUGGAUUAAUGCAGCUUUUGAAGCACUGUGUAUUGAAGAUAAAUUUUGUUUUUAUUACCCAAACUGAACUGUUGUUAAUAUUUCAUCUUUGAUAUUUCCUUUUUUAUGGAAUUGAACAUUCAGUAUUCAUAUUAAGUACCACUUUCCAUAUAGUGAAUUUAUUUUAUACUGUAACGACGUCAUAUCUGAAGAACAAGAACAGUUUGGGAGAAAAUAAAUUUAGUUUGGUACUAACAGGCACCUGUUUUGAGCUGUUUACAUAUGUAGGUUUAGCUUUUGAUGAUGACUGACUGUGAUAAUAUAUAUAUUUUGAUAACAUGCUUUAUAACAUCUGUACUGCAUUUUUUAUUUGAUUAGUACUUCAUUUUGAAACCAGCAAUCGUAACGUUUUACAGUUGUAUCCAUUCAGCAGUUACAAAACACGAAAACUGUUUUCAGAUUUUGCUUUGUCUAUUUGAUUUCGUGGUUGCCGUUGAUAUGAAAUAAACACCUUUCUUGUACUCGUGCAGUAAUUUAAUUUAUUUGUUUCUAUAAGCAAAUACAUUUAAAAAGUAAACUCUUUUUUUUGUGUUGAUUUUCGCCCUGCUUUUGUAACGACAACGUAAAUUUUUUCCAGCAUUGUUAGGGCAUGGGAGACAUACUUCGCCAUCCAAACAAUUCUAUUUUUGUGAAUACUUUUCUGUUUGUUGCACUUCUUUGUAGUUUACUGUGACUCCCACAGGCUUCACAGACCUUAAAGGACUUGUUAAUUACAUAUUAUAUUGUAAAAAAAAUCGCAUUUACUACUUAACUUUUUAAAGAUUGAUUCACAUUGACACACAAUAUUAUCUGUAGCAGAAACAUAUACGUCCCUUACAGCCAGAUUCACUUCAUUGCUGCCUCCAUUCAAAGUAGUCAUGAGUACAGGAGAGGGGAUGUGUCACGUAAAUUUAUUUUAUUUUGUCAACUUUGAUAUUAGAAUUAUUUCAGGACGUGGAAGUACAUUAGGUUGUUUUAUUGCUCUGUUUCAUGUCAUGUGUGACUGGACAGAAAUGGAUAUAAAAUAGCGGCUUGCAUGUGUGAACAGCCCAUAUGGUUUUAAAAUCAAAACUGCUGCUAUGUGCACAAAACAAUUCUCCACUUCGUCACAUAUGGAGCUCAUUGUUUUCCUUUGAUGAAAAUCCAGUCUCUUUAGUUUCCUUGUAAACAAAGUCAUGACUAUAAAAUAAAAUUCAACAGAAGAAAACUGUGCAGAUAUUUCUGAGAAUUCUGCCUGCUAUAGUGUAUGUAGCAGCAGUUUUGCUAUGGUGCUGCUGUGCUAGUCCACCCAUUGUUAUUUAUUGCUUAAGUAAUAGAUUUAAAUCUUCUGUUGCAGUAUGAUGUUUUGAUUUCUGCUCUUUUUGUAAACACUUGUUGCAGUUAUAAGUAUUUCUUAUUUUUCGUCGGUAGAUGCUUUUUGUCUUUGUCUUGUGGAUUAUUUCCAAAGAUGUUUUUAAUUAUUGUAACAGAUAUUUUAAAUAUUCCAUUUUACUAUAGAGCAUAUAUAUGUAUAUGUAUAUAUUACAUAAAUAAAUAUAUUCUCCUAGGGAAAUAGGAAGAAUUAGCAAUGAAACUUUGUAUUAAUAGAUUUUUUAAAAGUUAAAUAUUUAAGUGAAUGAUAAGCAGAAUGUGUGUGUGUGUGUGUGUGUGUGUGUGUGUGUGUGAGAGAGAGAGAGAGAGAGAGAGAGAGAGAGAGAGAGAGAGAUCACAUGUGCGUGCCAACUUGUACUGUUUCAGAGGACAAGUGACUGUUGAGAACAAAAGUUCAUUUGUGACUUUUCAUAAUUCAGAUGCACCAGCUGUGAACAAAAGUGCAACGGUAUUAUAGAUCUUGGAGGUGUGUAGUAAGACUUCUAUCCCAACAAUUGAUACAUUUAUUUUUAGUUAAAAAAGUUAAAUACUACACAAAAUUCAUUUAGCAUUUCUGUAAUGGGCUGUAAGUGUAGAGCAUCAAUUGAAGACACACAUCAGUAGCUUUUAAUUUUCUAUUUCUGUUAAUAACAACACUGUCCUGUCUUCACCAGUAUUUGUGUAUUCUGUAAUUUAUUACUUUCUUAUAUUGCUAAAAAUACAUGGUUUGAAACAGAGCAACUGUGAAGCAGCAUGAAAACUAAAAGAGUCGUGUAAAGUUUUCUCUUUGAAUCAUAAGGAUCAUAGAAAGGAACACAGAAGUUUAAAUCUUGUGUUUAGUAACAUGUUAUGAAGGUAAAAAAUCUCAUAACAUCUUAUGUCCUCCUCAACAAAUUCAAGUGAAGAUUCAAGAACUUCUGUGUUCAGAUUGGUCUAAAAAUGUAAGACACUGCCAGAAUACAAUUAUUUUUUAAUCAUAUUGUAAUUGUUAUUAAUUGAGUCUGCAACAUACGAUGGUUGGAAAAAGAGUGCAAGGAUAUCUGACACUUUUCUUGUUAACAUGAUGAUAUAUCUUUAUUCUUCCACAGUGUGUCUUUCCUUUCUUUCUCAUUCACAUAUAAGCUACACAUCUGCCUACACUGAAAAGCCCUUUCUUCACAGUAUUCAAGGAAAAUUUAUUAAUUAAACUCUUUUUUCUAAGUGUUAGUUUUGUAUACAUGCCUGGACAAAUGUGAACAACAGUGACUUCUCUGCAAGCCACUUUCUUUUGUUGAAUUCUUACAUUCUCUAAUCUCUGUAUUGUAGACUUAUUUACAAAAGACUACAAAUGUGUCAUAACUGACAAACAAAAUGAAGACAGGCAAGUUUCACCCGCUGGUGAAGAGUUGCCUGCAAUUUUUUGUAGUUGUUUUCAUCCAGGAAUUCUCAUUAUAGUGAUAACAAAUAAUAUGAUGACAUGUUUCUGAAUGGAUUUGGUUCUGGGUACAUUCCUGAUUAAUCUUUUCUAUAUGGUGAAUGACUCAGAGCUACUUUGUUUACAUUUCCUGUAACUUAAAAUUAUCAAUAUUAAAGUUCUGUCUACCGUAAUAGAACUAUUUGUUAUGCUGCCAUUAUCUGAAUAUUCCAUUAAAGAACGAAAUCUUAGAAAUUAAAAUAAAAAGCCUAUCUUUAUAAAUGUCAUAAGUUAUUUUGAGCAGGUCUAAUAGUGGAUUAUUACAUUCAGUUUUUCAUUGGGUUUGUAGGAGUAGUCACUGGUCCUCAUUUGUAAAACCAGCAAGUCAACAUAAAAAUCAGAAUUUUCACAGAUCUGAAAUUAAUGGAAUUUCAUUUCUCAAGUGAAACUUUCAGAAAUACAGAACAAAACUGCAAAAAAUUGUAUCAUUCAGGCAGUUCACCCGAACCAACCAAAUAUCAAUGCUAUGUUCAGGAGAUCAGCGAUGAUCCUGAUCUAUUGCAUUAUGCUAAUUGUUAUACAGAAGUUGUAUUGUUUUAUUUGUAACUGUAUUGUUAAAAGAAAAUGUUGGGAUGAUUUGAAGUUAAGUGUUCAGUUUUGCAGAAAAUAAUUCCUUUUGUAUUUUGCUAAAUGAAGGGCAGUGCAAAUUUUCAUGCAUGUAUGAAUGGAAUCUGUAGUCAUUGCUUUUUAUACCUCUGAAGGACAAAAGAAUAAAUGAUUUUACUGUUUA